UACUAGACACCUCUGUACUCUCUCUUAUAAAACAUAUCUCCUCACAUAUAAUUAUCCUCAGCAAAAGCAGAGAGAGUGAUGGCUUCUUUUUGCAGCGUACUUCUGACAAUUGUGUUCAUCUUCACUAUCAUUGCAUCAGUGACUAGAAUAUCCAGCAGUACAAGAACUUUCACCAUAGUAAAUUCCUGCAAGGAGACAAUAUGGCCAGGAAUAACACAUAGCGAGAACAUCAGUGGUGGUGGAAUUGAACUAAAACCAGGCAAAUCUACUGUUUAUACCGCUUCAUCUGGGUGGGGUGGACGCAUUUGGGCUCGAACCAGUUGCAAAUUCAACAAAAAUGGCAAUGGCACAUGCCAAACCGGUAGCUGUGGCAGCACCCUCAAUUGCACUGGCCCGAGUAGCCCUCCCACCUCCAUCGCCGAGUUUAACCUUGGAGAAAUCGAUUAUUAUGAUGUUAGCCUUGUAGAUGGUUUUAACUUGCCUGUGAUGGUUAAAGCUUUUAAUGGUACAGGCAAUUGUAGCACUGCUGGCUGUGAUGGAGAUAUGAGGCAAAAUUGCCCAUCAGAUCUUACCCUUAAGGCCAAAGGGAAGGUCAUAGCUUGCCGAAGUGCGUGUGAUGUGUACAAGACUGAUGAGUAUUGUUGUAGAGGAAAGUAUGGAAAGCCUGACACAUGUUUACCUUCAAACUAUUCCAAGAGUUUCAAACAAGUAUGCCCGGCUGCAUACAGCUACGCAUAUGAUGAUCCUACUAGUGUCAUAACUUGCUCUGGAGCAAACUACGUUGUAGCCUUCUGUGCAACAAGGAAUCAAACGGUAUGCUCUUAUCAUGAUAAUCAACUUUUCUGUAAUCAAUCAAAGGGCUUAAAAGUAGUCCCUCACAGAUGGUGGGUUGCGGUGCUUGCUAUACCCUUGAUGUUAAAAUUAUGCGUAAUGUUCUAGCAAAUUCUAUAUAAUGUUCCAUAAUCUAAAACUCUACUCAAUCUUACUUUGUUUUUA